AUGUUUUGGUUUAGGGACAAGAGGACGCUUGUGCAGAGGUACACCGCUGAUCUAGCGCAGAUUACCACACAGAUACAUGACUUAGACAAGUCGAUCAAGCAUGGCAGCAAGCGGGUGGCGAGGCUGCAGAGGCAAGUCACUUAUUUUGGACUUUCUGCCAUCACUCUUCUGGGGUCAUACAUGUUUCUGAACUACACGCCGGCGAUCACAGUGAUUGCCAUGGCUGGUGCAGUGGCGAUCGUCGUUAUAGUAAAACUGCUUCUAUCAAGGAUGUACCAAGUAUAUCACCAGUACAGGAUCAAGAAAUUGAGCCAGCUACGUGGCCUACACCAGAAGAAGCUUGAUAAGCUGAAAGAGGAGACGAAUUACAAUGCCACAAGUUCUAUCAUACAGCGGUUCUCAUCAGGGGAGACUCAGUCCGAGGAUGCUGUUAUACUUAUGGAUGAGGAGAUCAGCAAGAAGUACAACGAACUGACGGAAUUGCAAAAGCAAUUGACAGAGCUGAAGCAGAAUGAGAAGAAAUUGAUGGACCCCAAGGAAAGAGAUGUGUGGUUUGACAAGGUUCUUGGUGUGCUCUCUGGAGGGGAUGAGAUGGCUCCAAAACCCAUCAUAUGUACCAACUGUAACGAGCACUGUGGGGCGUACAGAUUACUGAACAGACCAUUGAAGUAUGUGUGUCCUAAUUGUGGCAUCAAGAUAGAUGAGACUGCCAAGAUGGAACAGGCAGUUAACGAAGAGGUGAACGAAGACAAGACGAAAUAA